CCGCGUAGCCUUCAGCCCUCGUGUUGAAGACGCCAAUCCGCCUUCGCAGAGUCAUGCCGCUGCCUCAAGGCUACGUCCCGGUGCGGGAUGCUGCGUCUGCCGCCGAUGGCAGCAGCUUCCUGGGAGUCCUCAUUCAUGUCCGGGAUCCAUUCCAGUUCAAGCCCGGUGAGUGGACGCUGGAGUUCACUAUCCAGGACGAGUUCUCUCCGGGAUCCGUCGGCGGCCCGGGCUCUCUGCUCUGUAGGGUCCUGCGCAGGAAGCGGGAGUGGCUGCCGAAUCCUGGUAGCCCUGGAGAUCUGGUUGCGGCCCGGUAUAUGCGACUGAAUACCCGCAACACCCAGACAGUGGCGUUUACCACCGUCCAGCUCAAGUCUGAGGUGCAAUUCUAUCCGGCCAAGACCAUCCCAGCGCCGGCAUUCAGCACUCCAUACUCUCUAGGUGGGCACAGCAUCAUACCGUGGAAUGGUACCUACUGCGCUCAGAACCCGUCCGCCGCCGAACAAAUGGCCAUCAUCCACCUCAAGGCAGCAACCGACUCGUUUUUACCCGAAAUCAAGAUGUUCGCUGCCAAUGCAGGUCCACCGAAGGGGCGUCCAAAGAACGACAAGAAGACUUUGAUCAGGGACCUGACCAUUGGCAAGUACCACGACCUUGUGGGUGAAGUAGUCAAGAUGUUCUACCCCGAUUACACCACCAUGGAUCUCUACGUCACCGACUACACCGAAAACAAAGCCCUCUUCCUCUACGAAGACCCGGACGAGGCGGACGAGGCGGACGCCGACUUCGGCCUCACCUCUCAGAAGAAGUGGGCGGGCCCAUUUGGUCAGGUAACGAUCGCAAUCCGGUUGUGGGAACCCCACGCAUCCUGGGUACGCGACAACGUCAAAGAGGGCGACCUUCUAUUCCUCCAGAACGUUCACGCCAAGUUGUCCAACGCAAACAAGCUCGAAGGUGCUAUACACCAGGACCAGAAGUAUCCCGACAAGAUCUGUACCCGCAAGUGCACGAACGCGAGGCAGAUCGAGGACCACGCGACGCGCAAGGCAGCCUAUCUUGAUGCAAUCGAGGCACAGAAGGCUAAGCGCGCUCUUGCCCAGAACAUACCCAAGAAACCGUCGGCCAAGGCUUCAGCAAAGAAGAAGGAGGAAAAGAAGGAGAGGCAGCGGCUACAGAAAGAGCAGGAGCAGAAAGAAUUGGAAAAGAAGGCCGAGGAGCUAUCUGUGGCUCGUGCAGGCGUCAACCCUCAUGUGCGCGCCUCGCAUCCCGAAGUACAGCUCUCUACGGUUUCAGAGAUCUUGUACAACCCUGCUCUCAAGACGAAGAAUCCGAAAGGCGGCGAGUUUACCCUCCCUUUCGUAAACGCCAAGUACCGAACCCGCGUGCGCGUUGUCGACUGCUUUCCUCAGAAACUAGAACAAUUUGUGCGCGAGUUGUCCGAUCCGAGGUAUCACACGAAGCCCAUGCCAGCCGAGCGUAAAGCUCGUCUCAAAGGCCGCUGGGAGUGGCACUUCCUUCUUUUGGUCGAGGACGCGGAGAUCCCAGCAGGCACGAAGCCAGUGCAGUUGUCUCUCACGGUUGGCAACUCUGCGGCCCAGCAUCUCCUCAAGAUGGACGCUGUCGACCUCACCAAAAACCCCAAGGUCUUGAAGAAGCUCGAGGAGAAGAUGUUCAUCCUCUGGGGCAACUUGAUGGAGCGGAAGACGAGUCCCGCAAAGCAGCGUGCGAAGCUGCAGAAUCUACCCUUCGACUGCGUCGUCCACGAGCACGGCCAUCAGGUCGGUGGCAACUUGGAGCGCGUCCACACCCUCAACAGCACCACAAUAAUGGACUGAGGGAGAGCACGCAUACCUGCAGGCACUGGGGCGAGCUGAAAAGUUUCUCUGAUUUACUCACGGAGUUCAUGGGCGGGGUACAUAGGCAGGCGCUGGCGGAUCACUUGCAUGAUACCCAUUUAUUGAGGCCCGAAGGACUCUAGAUGUCCGAU